AUGAGAGAAUGCAAAAAAUGCAAGUCGAACGAAUACACCAACAAACAGCUCGUCAUGAUGAUCAACGAAUGCGGACAUCCCCUGUGCAAGUACGUUUUUAAGCGGUCCCCGAGAAAUUGUAGAAAUCUGUGCUUUCGGAUGCCUCCUUUAAGAUGUCUCCUAAUUAAUUGCAGAAACUGUGUGGAGAACAUUUUCGCGCUGAACAGCGGAAACUGUCACAUUUGCAAUCGUCUUCUGCGCAAAAACGGUUUUCGCGAACAAAUUUACGAGGAUCCGCUCAUCGACAAAGAGACGCAUUUGAGACGAAAAUUGAGAAAAGUCUACAAUUUGAAGGCCGACGAUUUCGACAAUUUGAAAGAGUUUGGCGAUUAUCAGGAGAGGUAAUUUUUUUAAAUAAAUUAUAAUUUUUUUAUUAAAAAAAUUUUUUUAAAUAAAUUAUAAAUUAAAAAAAUUUCAGUUUUUUUAUUUUUAAAAAAAUUUCUAAUUUUUUUGCAGAUUCGAAAACGCUCGUCUACAAUCUGGUUUUUGAGACGGAUGUCGCGGAAACGAACGCGGAAAUUCAGGCGUUCGAGGAGAAGAACAAGGAUAAAAUAGAGAGAAAUCGCAGAAGGUUUGGCCUAACGUUUAGGGAAAAAUCACGGAAAAUUCUGGAUUUUUAGGCUGGACGACGAUCAAAAAUGGGUGGAAGACUGUCUGCGCGAGGAGAGAGCGAUGAAGGCGAGAAUGAGCGAGCAUUUGGAGAUGGACGCGGUCAGAAUUGGGGGGAUCACUAGUGAAUUGAUCAAUUCCAAAAUUUUCAGAAGGAAAAAGAGGCGCAAUCGGCAGUGACGGACACUCGAAAAAUUAUGGACGAGCUGAGGGACUCGAACGUGGCGGCCGAGGUGAUUUUGGACAGAGAACGCAAGAAGCAGAUCGAGAAGGAGUUGGAGGAGAAGGAGGAACAGGAGAAGCGCAAGAGACGCAAUAAAGGUACGCAUUCGGACGAUCGGCUGAAAAUUAAGAAAGGUGUCCGAAAAAACCAUUCAAAUUGGCGUUUUUCAGUGCAAAGAUUAGCGAUUAGCGAAAACUUGUGAAAUUUUGAUUUAGAAUUGUUUCUAGUUGACCUAUUGACCUAUUGACCUGAAGUUCACGUGGACUACCCAUUUUUCACUUGCAGAAAUGCUCCAAACUCGCAAGCGAGCCGCCGAGAAUAUGUCGUUCAACACGGUCAUCAGAGUGCCUGGACGCGCCUAUGUUCAUCAGGUAAAUUUGUGUCCACUUGUGGUGAUCCGAUCGGGACCAAACUUUGCAGCCUUCUUGGGUUUGGAUUAAAGUAUAUUGGGUCCGAGUUUCAUACGGAUCUGAUCAGCUGGAUCCCGAGAUGUACUGGUAUGGUGAAAACUUGUAUAUCUCGAGACCGGAUAAUGGGAUCCGUCUAAAACUUAAAUCCAAUAUACUUGAAUCCAAGUCCAAGAAAGCUGCAAAGUUUGGUCCCGAUCGGAUCAUUUCAAGUGGUCCCAAAGUGCAAUCAAAUUUGUCUGCAGCCACUGGAACUGUUCAUCAACGGACCGCCGAUGCCGAAUGCGUCUCAAAUCGAGAGUCUCGGUUAUUUGGCCCAUAUUCGUCACGCCUCUACUGUAAGCGAUUUUUUCCCAAUUUUUCACCCCUUAAAAUGCAAUAUUUUCACAGGACCGCAUCGCCGGAGGAUACACAGCCGGAGUGGGCUGCUACCGUGCUCUUUUCGAGGCUCGCAUCGAUCUUUUCGCAUUUUAA